AUGAGAACGUCCCUCUUUUAUGCCCUUAACGGCGCUCUUGGGGCAGUAGCCCACGAGUCGCUUGCCUACUUCAAGAUCGACUCCGGAAAGGAAGAGCAUCGCUCCCUUGACGGUUGUUCCAAGCAUGGCAAGCACAAGUGGGUUCCUGACCCUUCCACCUUUGUUUUCCCACAGAACGACUACAAGCCCGGAAACUCCUGGGAUCUCUGUGUUGGCUCGGCUCACUGUGCCCCUCACGAGGCUCUGAGCAAGGUCACCUUUGAUUUCAAGGACAACGGCAUCGUCUUCAACUUCAAGCACAUCGAGCACUACAAGUAUGAGGAUGUUGUUGUCUAUGUCGAGCGUGGUAAGCCUCCUACUGAGCACUCCCAGAAGUACAGCAAGGAUAGCGACCACUGCAAGAUCAUUAGCGACUACAAGAAGGCCAAGUGCCACAUCCCUUACUUCUCGCUGACUGAUGGUGGCUCCUACGACGAACUUUGCCCCAUCAAGGACAACGGUGGCUGGAGACUUUACGUCAAGAUCAAGGCCAAGAUCUCUCACGGUUAUAAGAAGUACGGUCUCUUCAGCCGUGCCGGUGAUAUCCAUGAGAAGUACUUCACUCUCAGCUACACCUGUGCUGAGUGCAAGGAAUACAAGCACAAGGAAGGUAAGUACGAGGUGAUCGAGGAAGUCGAGUACUAUCCCGAGGGUGAGAAGAAGUACGACGAGUACAAGCACAAGAAGGAGGAGAAGAAGUACAAUGACUAUGAGGAGGAAGGAAAGGAGAAGUAUGUUUCCGACAUAAAGCUUGGUUUCGCAAAUGCUAAUUCGUAUCCCAGGUACAAGCGUGGAGUCGACGAGGAGAAGGAGAAGGAGUACAAUGAGAAGGAAAAGGACAAGGAAUUCCGCCAUGAGCAUCAUCACAAGCAUCACCACCAUCAUGGCCACCAGCACGAUCACAAGCACGGCCACAAGCACGGUCAUCUUCAUGGUCACCUUCACAAGGAGCAUCACUACAAUCAUCACGAUAAGCAUCACGGUUACGGCAAAGAUCAUGAGCACAAGCACUACGGGUACGAGCACCAUGAUCCCAACUAUCUUCACGAACACAAGGAUUAUAAGCACGGCGAUCAUGGUCAUCACUACGACGAGCACAAGCAUUAUGACCACUACGGUCACGGCCACCACCACCAUGAUGACUAUAAGCACCACGAGCACUAUGAUCCCAGCCGCCACCAUGAUCACGAUAGCUUCUUGAACGAUUUCUUCAAGAAGUACGGACACUACGAUUAUCACCACGGAAAGCACCAUUACGAGCACCACGAUGGAUACAACCACCACCAUGCUCGUGAUUUAGCUGAUGAUGAGAUCAAGAAGAGUGAAAAGGACGAGUACAAGCACAAGCAUGGUCACAAGCAUGGUCACCACCACAACCACAACCAUGACCACCACCACAAGCAUCGCCACAGCCAUCAUGAUUACCAUCACUACGAGCAUUACGAUCCUGGCUACCAUUAUGAUCACAAGCACCAUGACUACAAGAACUACGAUCACAAGGACUACAAGCACUAUGAUCACAAGCACCACGAUUACAAGCAUGGCCACCACAACUACGAUCAUAAUGAUUACAACAAGGACUACGAUCACAAGCACCAUGACAACAAGCAUUACGAUCAUCACAAUGGCGACAAGCACUACGGUCAUCAUCAUGAGCAUCACAAGCACUACGAGCAUCAUGACCCCAGCUACCACUACGAACACCACAAGCACUACGAGCAUCAUGAUCCUGGUUACCACCAUGAGCACCACAAGCACUACGAUCAUCACCAUGGCGACAAGUACAAGCACCACCCCAAGCGAUCCGACGAGUACCAUGACAAGCACCACGACAAGCACCACGGAAAGCACUACGAAGAGCCUGUCACCGUCUACUAUAAGGAGAAGGCUGAAGACGUCAAUGCCAAGGCGAACCAUGUGAUUUACGAGAAGGUCCAAAAGCACGAGAUCCCUGCCCACAUCUACAAGAAGCUUGCGGAAGCCAAGAAGCACCAAUACGAUCAUGAGCAUGAGAAGAAGCAUGGUCACGAGCACAAGUAUGGUCAUGAGCACAAGCAUGGUCAUGAGCACAAGCACGCCGAGGAACAGUACCACCAGAAGAAGCUCGCCGAAGCCAAGCUCUCCAAGGCCAUCGAGGAGUACUACGCCCUUCACUAUGGAAAGCAGCACAACGAGCACAAGAAGCACGGUCACUACGAGCAUCAUCACAAGGAGCCCGAGUACAAGCAUGAGCACUACAAGAACAAGUUUUACGAGCCCAAGGAACACCAUGGUCACCACGAACACAAGGAGCAUAAGCCCGAGGUGAAGCACCAUUUCAACCACUACUUCCAGAAGCUUGAGCCCAAGGAGAAGCACCACUAUGGCCACCAUGAACACAAGGACGAGUACAAGCCCGAGAAGUAUCACCACGAUCACUACGAGCACAAGUCGCACGAGCCUGAGAAGAAGUACUACGAGCAGAAGGAGUUUGAGCACAAGAAGGAGCAUGAGUACAAGAAGUAUAACCAUGUCGUCUCCGAGCACAAGAAGCAUGAUCCCAAGGCGUACUACGAGCACAACAAGUAUGGGCACCACGACGAGCACAAGCACCACGACGAGCACAAGGAGUACGAGCCCGAGAGGUACAACCACGGUCAUUACAAGCACAAGGAGCAGAAGCCUAAGUACGAUUCAGAUCCCUACCACGACAAGAAAGAGUUCCUGAAGGAUUACAAGUACGACGGAGUGAACAUUCAUUCCGCUUGGGAGAAGCUCUACAAGGCCAAGAUUGAGCAUGAGCACAGGCAAAAGCAAAAGGCUUACGCGGUUCAUUUUGACAAGCACCCUCCUUUCUACAAGUAUUCCAACUUCAAGCGCUCGGCUCUGCCCAAGUACUAUCAUGGAGACGAGGCAGUAGAGAUCGACACUGCCAAGGUCGAGAAGUACAUUGAGAAGGCCGAGUACAGAAUCAACGAGGGUAUCAGCAAGGCCAUCUACAAGGCCAUCAACUCUGCUGGUGAUGAUCCUUCUACUGGCACCAUCAUCAAGUUUGUCAACAAGGUUGAGACUGCUAUCAAGUACAUCGUCGCCAAGAACCUCAAGAAGGCUGUCGCCCACAUCGCCGAGAUCCACGGUAUCGAGGAGCCUUCUGCUGAUGAGGUUGAGAAGUACAUCCACAAGGCUGUCAAGCAUAUCCUCAAGGCUGCUGACAAGAUCUUCACCAAGACCAUUGAUGCUCUUGGUAAGGACCCUACUGAGAAGGAGGUUGAGUACGCUGUCGCCAAGGUUGAGAAGCUUCUCGCCAGGGUUGUUGACAAGUACGUCCGAGAGGCUAUCGUUGGAAUCUUUGAUCUGGAAUAUGUGACUGAGAAUUCCUAUGGCGAGUAUGAGAAGUACGACAAGCGCCAGGUGGCCGACGCUCAGAAUGUUACGGCAUCCGCCAACAACACUACUGCUGCCAAUGUCACUGCCCAGGCUACUAAUGCUACCUCGACAAAGGCUGUCAACCGACUCAUGAGACUGUUUAUGCGCCAGGAUUCCCAGAAAGCCACUCAGGCUGCCAACGCCACUGCCCAGGCUGCUAAUGCCACCGAGACCCAGACUCUGAUGAGGUUCAUGAGACGUCAGGCGUCCAAGGCCGCCAAUGCUACCGAGGCUGCUAUCAAUGCCACUUCUCAAGCCGCCAAUGUCACUGCCGAAGCCGCCAACGCUACCGAGACUCAGACUCUGAUGAGGUUCAUGAGACGCCAAGAGUCCAAGGCUGAGAACGCCACUGCUGCUGCCGUCAAUGCCACCGCCCAAGCCGUCGCCGAUGUUGAUCAGGCUCUCAACACCACCGCUCAAGCUCUCAACAUCACUCAGGCUCAGAACAGCAGGCGUACUGAGGUCUACAGCGAUUCCAAGAUCGAGAAGGUUGUGGAAAAGGCUGCUGAGAAGGCUGCCGACAAGCUCAUCAACAAGCUCGACAAGGAGGAGAGCAAGAGCCAAUCGAAGCGAGAUGCCAAGUUCUACAACGGAUACCUUCCCAAGUGCAAGGGCAAGAUCGUCAAGGCUUACGGCAUCGAUGGUCUGCACUCUGGUCCCCUGAAGGACUUCAGCGUCAAAUCGCACCCCAACACAUGUCGCGACCACCAGGGCGACUAUGUUGUCUACAGUCAUGAUGAGCUCAAGAAGACUGUCUACGGCAAGCUCUACGAGUCUCAUGGAGGCGACAACAAGUUUGGCAACUAUUUCAUCGAGUUGGUCAAGGGCCACGACAGCUACAGCAAGGAUAUUGUCGUCUCGAUCGACAUCUCGGACAAGUACCAGUACGAGGCUACUGAGGCCAAGGUCUUUAUCGGCUGCGACCCAGGUAUCGACCACCACUCCAGCGACAACAUCUGCUCCGAAAAGACAUACCCUUACCUGGCUGUUGCUGAGAAGGGACUCAACGAGUUUGUCUUUGCUAUCCCCGACAAGUACAUGUGCCACGAGUACUACAUUGCCAUCGUCGUUGAUUUCUGCGACACCAAGUACUCCUCAUAG